AUGAGGGGAGGAAAAGGGAACGGCCAGCGGAGACCGGCGUUUUCGGGAAGUCUGUCCAAGAACACUGCCAAGAGCAGCAACGGCGACUCACCUGCUGCGAAUUCUUCAUCAGCAACAGCCCAGCCCAAGUUGAGCGCGCAAGCCCAGGAGUUCGUUCCCGGCCAGCCCUCAGAAUCCUCCCAAAAGCCAACUAAGCCCUCUAAACAAGCCAAAAGUGUCCCUGUCAGACCCAAAAGGCAACAACGGCCCAAGGUCAUAAAGCCCCCCAAGUAUGGCGGCACGGAGCGCGGCACCACUAUCCAGGAAGACAUUGUCGCUGGACGCUUGUCAUGCAGUAUCUGCACCGAGAACGUGACGAGACGGAACCCCGUCUUUAGCUGUCCCAAGUGCUACAACGUACUCCAUUGGAAGUGUGUCAAGGAAUGGGUGCAGUACCAGGACGACGCCGAGAAGAAGUUCCAAAAAGGCAUCGAGCCAUGGCGAGGACCAUGCUGCAACUCGGAGAUCCUGGGGUUCCCCAAGGGACCCACAUGUUGGUGCGCAAAGGAACCCUUCAAGGGUCCAUCGCCUGCGACGCUUCCGCCACACUCGUGCGGUGAAAUGUGUCAAAAGGAAUUGCCAAACUGCGACCACCGAUGCAUCGAGCAGUGCCACGCGGGGGUCUGUCCGCCAUGUCCCAUUGUCAAUGAGAUCUCGCUAUGUCACUGUGGUGCUCACGAGGAGCGCAAGUCGUGUCGCCAGACGGACCGCAACGGCAAGUGGUCUUGUGGCGAGCCUUGCAGGACGCUCCUCCAGUGCGGCACACACAGUUGCGAGAAGCCCUGCCAUCCGGGGCCAUGCGAGCCUUGUCACCUCGAGUUCGACUCCAUCUGCUUCUGCGGCGAGUUCAACAGACGUCUACGUUGCGGUGCCGCUGCGGACGUGUCUCUGAAGAAGCCACCUGCUGCGGUGGCCAUCUCGGGCAACCCAUGUGCUUCAGCAUGUGCCGCGACAAGCUCAACUGCGGACGGCAUCAGUGCCGGGAGCACUGCUGCCCCGUCGAGAAGAGCGGCCCUCGCCGGCAACAGCGCGAGGAACCCAUCGAGCAUAUCUGCACUCGUGUGUGUGACAGACCGCUCAAGUGCGGCAGACACUCCUGUCCCGAGCUUUGCCAUCGCGGACCUUGCCCUCCCUGCCGCGAUGGCAUCUUUGAAGAUCUCACCUGCCAUUGCGGCAGCACCAUUCUUCGCGCGCCAUUGCGCUGCGGCACGCAGCCUCCGGUCUGCACGGAGCCCUGUCAGCGAGAGCCGUCAUGCGGUCAUCCUCCUGUGCCACAUCCUUGCCACGGCGACGACGCAGACUGUCCAAAGUGUCCUACACCGGUCGAGAAGCGAUGCGCAUGUGGAAGGCAGACCCGUAGCCACGUUCCGUGCCACAUCAAAGAAGUCUACUGCGGCACACCAUGUGGCAAAGAGCUUCCUUAGCCUGUGUCAUGGCAAGACGCCUUGCAGCGAGUCCCUGCCAUGUCCGGCCAAGGUCACCAUCACGUGCGAGUGUGGUCACCGAAAGAGCGAGGUCAAAUGCCUCGCUUGCGACUCCAACCUCGACCCGGCGCACAAGACGAUCCAGUGCGACGACGAGUGCGCACGUCUGGCACGCAACGCCCGUCUUGCCGACGCCCUGAAAAUCAACCCUGAGACUGAGCUCACCGACCACGUCCCCUACUCGGAUGACACGAUCACUGCUUUCCAGGAGCUCAAGAAUUGGGCAGAGAAGAUGGAGCGUGAGAUCCGCGUCUUUGCCGCCACACCUGGCGAGCACAGAAUCGCACUCGACCCCAUGGAUAAUCGCAAGAGGCAGUUCAUUCAUCUCCUGUGCAAGGACCACCGCUUGACCACCUUUAGUCAAGAUGCCGGUGUCCAUCGUCACGUCACCGUCGAGAAGCCACUGAAUUACCCAGGCGGUCUGCAAAAGACUCUUGGCCAAUGCGUCAAGAUCCGCGCAAAGCAAGCGGCCGAGAAGAAGGCCGAGGAGGCCGCUGCCCAGGCCCUCGCCCAAGCCCCCUUCAACGCCCUUCUGCUCACAUCAGUCGGGUUUGGGCUGACCGUGGAAGACAUCAAGGAGGGCAUCGAGUUUCUGAUCGUGGCGCAGGGCUUCGUUCUCCAGAGCGUCAAGUUCCUGCACACGGAAGAAGUGCUGCUCCGCAUCACGGCGUCGUACUCUGCCUCUCUCGGUCCCAAUGGACUGGAGAGUGGUCUGCUCUCUCUUCGCGAUGCCAUUGUGCCUACCGUAAAGGACCGCGACCUCGCUGGCAACGUGGUCCUCGUCGCUGCCGACUGGAGUGACCACCUGACACGUCGCGAGCGGGUCAAGAUGGACCCUGAGGGAUGGAAUGCCAUUGCUCGCAAGGUCAAGGAGCCGCAAAUGCCUGAGGAGCCAGCGGCCGCCAAGGGCAAAAAGGUCCUCAUGGCGAAGAAGAAGCAGCCCGAGGCCAAGGGGGCCUCCGCUUGGGGAGUCCUGCAGCCGGACGCUGAGGCUUGA